ACUUUAUUUUCAAACAUAACCUAAGUUUUGAUCAGUUUUCGUCCCUAUUUCCAACUCCUUGCUUUAUAUAUUGCGGCAGUGUAGUUCAUUGCUGUCAGUGGAUGUAAAAGUGUGGCUUCACUCCAAUUGUCUUCAUUCCACUCGUUACUGCGAAGUUGAGGUACUAGAUUGCCGGGGCUAGUAAUAGCAUUGUCAAAAACUAGUCUGCAAUGUCGGAAAAAUCUGAACCGUCCCCAUCACCCUCAUCACCUGCAUCACUUUCUGAUCUCGACUGGAUACAGCUGAGAGAGGAAAUGGAUACUGGACAUACAGUGGAGACGAUAUUCGAUAAAUUUAUCAGGAAGAUUAAAGAACAACCCCUAGUACCGGCCGGGUGUGCGGUGGCGACAGGAGCUCUGUGCUAUGGGCUUUGGUCAUUUAAAGAGGGAAAUAAAAGAAUGUCCCAGUAUAUGAUGCGAACACGAGUUAUAGCCCAAGGAUUCACUGUGGCGGUUGCUGUUCUUGGAACGAGUAGAGCGUUUGGGCGAAACUCAAAGGAAUAACAAGAAUACUCCCCUGAGAAAAUGAUAUCUUUCAUGAUUGGGAGGGCCAGUCACCCAGUUUCCUAGACACCCUGUAAAUACUUAGACAAAUGUACAAGAUAAAUUAAUUAAGUAAUUGAAGAGUGGAAGCAAACACUCAGAAUAAUACAGGUUAUUGUAUUUAUUAUAACUCAUAUGUUAACAUUUUUUUUACAUUUCUUCGAAUAGGUACAUCUCCCGAAGGGUAAAUCUUCACCAAUAAAAAUCUCUAGUUCAUCUCUUAAA